AUCUCUCCAGAAUGGGCGCUCGGUGACCCGGAUGGCUGCCCAUUGGCUUGGGGCGACUGUGGCGGAGCACCGCUCGCGCUGCGGGACUGCACCGUGCGACUCCACCGUCUCCCACACGAGUUCCUACAAACAUACCACACAGGGAAUACAACAUCUACGAGUACCCACACCCAAUCUCUUCAUAACGCCGUGAUAAAUACUUAUAUCUGUGAUACAUGUGGCUGUUUAUUUAAACGGAGACAUCAUUUAAUUCGCCAUUUUGAAGUUCAUCAUCGAACAUAUUCUUGUAAUGUAUGUGAACAGAAAUUUUCGCAAUUAAGCGAUUUAAAGACACACCAGCGAGUUCAUACUGCUGAAAAACCGUUUUCCUGCGAAAUGUGUAAAAAGACGUAUAAGCAGUUAGCUGGUUUAAAGGUACAUCUAUUAACACACACUGGCGAAAAGCCUUAUUCUUGUGAAAUAUGUAAAAAAAGAUUUACUCAAUCCGGUGGGUUACAUAGACAUAUACGAAUCCACAUUGGUGAGAAAGUAUUUAUCUGUGAAGUAUGUGAAAAGAAAUGUAUGACUAGAGGGCAUUUAAAAAUACACAGACGAAUUCACACUGGAGAGAAGCCUUAUUCCUGCAAAGUAUGCAAAAGAAACUUUGCGCAUUUGGCUUCUUUCAAAUUGCAUAAACGUGCUCACACUGGAGAAAAACCGUAUUCCUGUGAAAUAUGUAAGAAGACGUUUUCGCGAUUAGACCAAGUAAAGAAACACAAACAAACCCACACUGGAGAGAAACCCUUUCAAUGUCAAAUAUGUAAAAAUAAUUUUGCGUUAAUGGGCACCUUGAUGACACAUAAAAGAACCCACACUGGUGAGAAACCUUAUUCCUGUGAAAUAUGCAAAAAGAGAUUUAAGCAAUCCAAUAAUUUGCAUAAGCAUAUGAGACUCCAUACUGGUGAAAAACCAUAUUCCUGCAAAAUAUGUGAAAAGAAGUUUAUGAGAUCAGACUGUUUAAAGUUACACGAACGAAUUCAUACCGGCGAGAAGCCUUAUUUUUGCGAAAUAUGCAAGAAAAACUUUGCUUAUCUAAAUGACAUAAAGAAACACAGACAAAAUCACAAAUGAAUAGUCCUAUAACUAUUGUAGAAUACAGACUCGUCCCCUCUGGGCCUAAUCCAAAUAAUGUACCCUGCAAGGGUAGUUGUGACAGCUCCCUUUCAUGUGACACAAGAAUGUACAAUGCAAAAGGCGGGCAAUAACUAAAAUCUCCUAAUUUGCCACCAUAAUGAAACCUCUCUAAGCCUUACGAACAGUAUAUUCCCUCGUGGAACUCAAAUAUGCAUACUUAGGGCUUUAUACUUAACCAUGUGUCGUAUUUCUCACGAACACGUACACCUUAUAUCUAUAGAUACACGUAUAACCUUAACCGCCUACGUUCGGGAUACUAUGAAAAUGAAACAAAGAUGGCGGCGCCGGAUGACCGACCAGCGUUCGGCUUGCGCGCAUGGCGGGCGUCCGCUCCCGUGGAGCUUCGGAUUUGAACAGGGCUCCUAGUCCAGUCAGCGGCUCGGCUGGUGACCGGUGAAUGGAAGAUCGAAUUGAAUACCUAUCUGUUAACAGGACCGUCUUGACAUUUUUAAUUACUUUGGAUUCUUGACCAUUCGGCAUGAAUAACUGUUAAAUACAUUUAUUAAUAAAAAAAGAGAAAAUACAUUUAUUAUUAAGCUUUUAUACGUUUUAAUCAUUGCGAAUUGUGUAAGUUUGUAACACUUAUAACACACUUAGUAUUUGCCUUCUGGAAAGAUAGAACUACUCUAACUAUAUUCAUGAUAAUGAACAAAUGUUCCGAAAUUGUAAUUCCGGAAAGUUUAUUUUAUAAUCAAUUAUACAUGUCAAUUACAGACUAGUCCAUCACGUGAUAUAUAUUACAUAAAAAAACGGAACCUUUACCGCGGCACCGACCUCACAGCUACUCAAUUUAAAGAUACCCUCGCUAUUCGCUACGCGCACGAAUCUGCAUGUCUUCCUCAGGCCUGCGAUGGAUGCGGGGAAAAUAACUUUGACCUUAACCACGCACUCAACUGUAAAAAAGGCGGUUUAAUAAAACAGGGCCACGCACGACCAACGUAGAGACGACCUCAAGCACUGGGCCGAACUAGCCUGGGGGACCUGCACAACUGAACCCGUAAUGCAUGAUGCCACUGCGACUCAACCAGCCCUCAUAGGAGAUUUAUUACUAAAUAGUGUGUGGGAACCUGCAAGGAAAGCGUUCUUCGACGUUCGCAUAGUAAAUGCUGACGCUUCCUCUUACAGCAAAACCUGACCUGGCAAAAAACAGCACAGAGACACAGGCGAGAUAAACAUCUAAAAUACGACAGAUCAACAGAGGACCUACGAGCCUCCUUUACGCCACUAGUCAUCUCAUACGAUGGAGCUGUUGGGACUGAAUACAAUAGUUUCUUAAAAAAACAGCAUCAAAGUUAAAUGAUAAAUGGGGAAAAGCGUAUUCUCAAAUUAUUUUCUGGCUGAAAGAUAAAGUUCAAAUUUCCGUAAUUAGAGCUGUCUCCAUAAGAGUCAGAGGCACGAGACGACACAUAGAGCUUUUGAGUGCGAAGAUGGUGCAGGAAUCAUAUAGUGAAAGUCCCCCCCAAGACCCUUCUCUUCUACUACCUCUUCAUAUCACUACUGAAGGCAGCAGCUUUUUUUAUAUGCUCUUUAUCGUCUCCAUGUUCAUGUAUAUUGUAUCUUACGUUAUUUAGUACUAAAUAAUAGUUUUCAAAAUUCAAAAAUUUAUUCUGCAAGUAGGCCUCAAGGGCUCUUUUACAAGUCAAUACAACAUUUAUAGUAACAUCAUAUAGUGACAUGAAAAAUACAUAACAACAUUUAUAAAUACAACAGCCAAUACCUGGGUAAACAUUACAUUAUAAUAAUCUUAAAAUAAAUAAUUAAUACAAUACAAUAGAGAUGUAUAGUCUCUAUGGUUAAAAACACAUUAAAUCUGGAGAUGUAAAAGGUCCCCAAUGUCAGAGUACUAAUACUAAUAAAAUUUGGAGGUGUAAAGUCUCUCCAAGUGUCAAAAUAAAAUUUAUACUAAAUAAAUAAACCGCGUCUGGACUGUUAAACUAGCAGUCUCAUAAACUAAU